AUGCCACCUUUUGCCGACGCCCGCGCCUCAACGACGGCCGCCGACAUUCCCCUUACAGAUCUCGAGCGCGGAUCUAGCUCGAGUCGCAACGAAAUUGCCCGCUGGAACGGCUUUUCCCAAUUCCAUCCAUCCAACAUCCUCGCGAAUCCUAAUGGACUGGCACCAAAAGUAUCGCAGGAAGACUGGGUGGCCUACACAGAAGAUACAUGGCACCGGAUGACGGUCGCAUUGACACCGAGCUUUCUACAACACUAUUUCGGGGGUGAAACGCCCGAUGAUACGAAGCUGCACGCCAUCGCUGCACUUGACGGUCUUCGCGGCUGGGCCUGCCUACUCGUCUUCAACUUCCACUUCCUCUUUACGUACACAUGGAAAGUCUCAAUUGGAUGGGGUUUCAAUGGUGAAAAUUUUGGCAUUCAUCAGCUGCCAUUUGUGCAUCUCUUGAUCUCCGGCCAUAUCAUGGUGGCCAUUUUCUUCGUGAUCUCCGGCUAUGUACUCUCGUACAAACCACUCAAGACAAUCCGGUCCCAGUCUUUUGAGCAGACCUUUACCGUUUUGGCUUCCUCAACUUUCCGCCGUGGCCUGCGUCUAUACGUGCCUGCGCUGAUUGGACUCUUGUGUGUCUUCGUGGCCGUCCGCCUCGGUCUUUACAACUACUCGCACAGCGUCAUCAAGGAGGGUCUCACCAUUCGCGGCACCAAUGAACAACACCCGCCAGUGUACAAGUCAUUCACAAAACAGUCCUGGGACUUCUACUAUACAGUCGCACAUUUACUGAACCCAUUCGACUGGAAUCUCUACUACAAUAAUUACAACCCGCAUCUCUGGACCAUCCCAGUCGAAUUCCGCUCCUCAAUUGUCCUAUUUCUUACCAUCAUUGCCACAUCCCGUGUCCGCGCAGCUGUUCGCAUAUCCCUCGUCGGGUCCCUCAUCUGGUGCUGCAUGCGCUACGGCCGCUGGGACGUGGUCCUCUUCCUAAUCGGCAUGAUUAUGGCUGAGAUGGACAUUAUCAACGGGACCUGGGAGCGUCCAGCAGGCUCCAACAUAAUUGACGAGAAAACCAACAUCCGCCUUGGCCCAAACGGUAGAGUCCUAACUACCGUCUCGCGCCGCAAACUAUGGAUAUUCGUCUUCAUAAUCGGCCUAUAUAUUGGCUCAACCCCAAAUCUGGGAUUCAAAUGGACCCCUGGCUUUAGGUGGCUAUGGUGCUUGACACCCCACACAUACGGCGAACUUCAACGAUUCCCACAAUCCGUUGGCGCAGCCCUCGUCGUCUUCAGCAUCAACCACUCACCCGACAUCCAGAAACUAUUCACCAACCCGCUCUCCCAAUACCUAGGCAAGAUUUCUUUUGCAUUUUACAUCGUCCACGGACCCAUUCUUCACUCAUUGGGCUACUCUCUCAUGCCGAACAUCUGGGCUAUCACGGGCAAGGAAACGAACUUCCAAUACUGCUUUGGAUUCUUAAUUGGUUGGAUGAUUUGUCUGCCUAUUGCCAUUUGGGCAGGUGAUGUCUAUUGGCGAGCUGUGGACAUUCCCAGUGUUAAAUUCGCGCGAUGGGCUGAGAAUUGCGUUCUUGUGAAGAAUGCUCCGGUGGCUCCUACGCCAAGUUUGAGCACUCCAAGGGCGACGCCUAAGUUGCCAUAG